CACGUGACCAUUGCGCCUCGGAGCAACGAGCGCAAGGGCGCCUCGGCGUAACGCCAUAGCAUCGAGUGCUCGUGAUUCCGUGGUUCUUGUAUGAACGUGUGUUUUGUGGAUCCAGUUCGAAUGACAACGAGUUCACGAUUUACUCUGUUAACGAAAGAAUGUCGAUGAACGCGUGAAACACAGUGUGCACUCGUGCUUUUGUGGAAAAAUGUGAGGGCCGGAACGUUGCAACACUUUGCCGGAAGCAAAAACAGACCGGCGGUGAGUCACUGUCACGAUCGAUCAUUUCCUUUCUCCUAUUCCCAUUUUUGAGAACGAAGGCCACGGCCACGUGCUGCAUCCGUAAUAGAGAACACCGUUUCGAACGAACAUAACCUCAAAAUUGUAAGAAAGCGUCGUUGCGGCGAGGUUAGAAUUCGUUGUCAUUGAAGAUGUUUCAUUUCGUGGAUAUUCAUCUAUAUCGUGCAAUUGGAUAAUAGAACAAAGUACAGUGAUUGAAAAUACAUAUUUCGAAUGACGUAAUCUGUGAUAACUUUAUAACGAACUAUUAAUGUACAAUAAAUUAUCGAUAGCUGAUUAUCAAAAUUGCCGGUGCUUCGUUAAGUUCUUUUUUCGAUUGGAAGUGCGAUCGACCGGCAUAAAGAUGGAAGAGUCUCAAAGAUACGAAGAUCAUACCAUAUAUAAGACACGAUCACCCUGCAGCCUGCGAAAACUGAGAGACAUGGUGCCGGCAAGAGUGGUGCUCUAUAUGCUCUCCUUCUCGGGGUUCACGGUCUCGUUCAUGAUGAGGAACGAUAUCAAUAUCGCCAUGGUGGCGAUGGUGAAACCCCCAUCCAUGACAUCGGACACCAAUGUAACUGUGACGUCCCAGCAUUGCUACGUAACACCACCAACGGUUAUCAACAACAGCGUGCCGAUCAAACUUGAGGAUCAAGGGGAAUUUGAUUGGAGUCCAACCAUACAAUCCGCCAUUAGCGGUUCAUUCUAUUGGUGUUACAUACUGUCACAAGUAGUUGGUGGUGUGCUCACACAGUAUUUUGGCACAAAAGCUGUUUUCGGCGGUUCACAACUGAUCACUGCGAUCUGCAGUUUAUUGAUGCCUUCUGCAGCAGGAAUUCAUUAUGGAUUCAUGAUUGCGCUUCGCAGUAUACAGGGUGUCGCGAGUGGACUCACAUGGCCCGCGAUGUACGCCAUUGUCGGACACUGGAUCCCGCCAGUGGAGAGGUCACGUUUCAUGUCUUCCUUCCAAGGGUUCAGCUUUGGCAUCGGGUUAACCUAUCCACUGUGCGGAUUCAUCAUUGCUCACUUCGGAUGGAGAGCCGUCUUUUAUACUACCGGCAGCAUCGGUAUGAUCUGGUGCUUUUUCUGGUACUUCUUCGCCUUCGACACGCCGGCCUCUCAUCCCAGAAUAUCCCAGCAGGAGCUACGAUACAUUCAAGGAAGUGUAGGGAAUCAAGUUAGAGACGAGAGUAUGCCAGUUCCGUGGAGGUUCAUUCUUACAUCCUGGCCAGCAUGGUCGAUCGGGAUAACAACGUUCGGCAGGAUCUGGGUGCAUUAUAUAUUCAUCAUCUCUGGACCAAUGUACAUGAAAACAGUUCUAGGAUUCAGCAUCCAAGCGAAUGGAGUACUGUCUGGUUUGCCAUUCAUCUGUAGUUAUUUCAGUUCUGUUGCAUUCUGCUAUAUAGCCGACGUUCUGAUCACACGACAGAUUUUGUCGUUGACGAAUGUCAGAAAAGUGUUCACCGCCUCUUCUCAAGUAGCUCCUGGUAUAAUGUUGGUGUUAAUUGGCUAUCUGGGCUGCGACAUCGUCCUCGUUUUAGUGGUCUGGUUCGUAGCCGUCACUCUUAUCACUGCUGCCUAUGCAGGAGCUAUGGCAAAUAUCGUCGAUAUAGCGCCAAAUUUUGCUGGACCAAUAUUGGCGUUUGCACAGACGAUUCAUAUGUCUGCCAGUUUCCUAUCUCCCAUCGUAGCUGGCCUCCUUACCCAAGAAAGCCAAGCCCUUGAUGCAUGGAGGCAAGUAUUUGGGGUGACAGCUUGCGUCGCGUGCGCUACCUAUAUCGUUUAUCAAAUCUUUGGUACGGGUGAUGUCCAGCCGUGGAAUUAUCCUGAUCAAAAGUAUCCUCAAUCUGUACAAGAAGACUCUCAGCCUUUAAACGAAUCACCGCAAAAGAACGGAAAAAUUGUCACAUCUCUGUCAAACAUGUCCGAAGAAGCGUAACACAAUCGAUUUCUCUCGUUGAACGAAGAAAGAAAAAGCGCACGGGUUACGUGACAACUAUUACGAGUAUUUCUCCUUGGAUCUCGAGGAAAAGGCAAUCUAAAAUUAUAUAUACAUAUAUAUAUGUAUAAGUUUUCGACGUGAAAAUGUUUAUUUUUUUUUCUCUCUCUCUGUAUAUCUAUGUAAAUAGAGAUGGUAGUGUGUAAACUGGAGGAGGAGUUGAUAUAGCACUCAGGGUAAUAUAAGUAAUGUUGUAACGUUUCAAAGAAUAUUUUUAUGAGGACAGUCUCGGGUAACGAGCAAAACGCUUCGUUUAUUCGCCAAUUUUUGCGUUUGUGAAACGAAGUGAAAGCACAAAAAAAAAAAAAAAA